AUGGGUGGCGAACAAGUAUGUAUGAUUCGAAAACCAGGCAUUACUACCACAAUGAAGAGCAUGAUCUCUUAUGGAGAUUCUAACGCUAAAUUUCUUGAAACAGUCGGAUGGGGAAUUGAUAGCGAAAAUCAGCCAAUUCUAGACAAAUCUAGUCACAUAUUCAGUGGAAAACUACCGCUAAAAUAUUUAAUGGGGUUCGCUGAGGAUUAUAAUAAAGGUAUAUUGAAUGUGAAACAGGAGCUGAUACUCAUCAUAGCUCGAUCAUUCAAAAACUGCUAUAUAGGAGAAGUUGAUGCCAGUGUGGAGAUUAACAAAAUCGAAUGGAAGAUAGGACAUAUUAUGCCAUCGGAUAAGCAGAGGUUGAAAUUACUGAACCGUCUCAAUAAAAGUUCUACAGCAAAAGUGAAAAUUGCAUACAGGAUGUGGGAUCUGUAUGAAUUACCGUCAAUUCGUGAAACAUCUUCAGACAUUUGGGCUGUUAAAACCACCAAUAGUCUCGAGCGACCAAGGUACAUUAUCAUAGGCUUCCAAAAUUCUGGUAACACAGAUAAUAGAUCCAAGGAUACCACCCAAUUCAUUCAUGCGGGAGUCAACAAUAUUCGACUGUAUUUGAAUUCGGAAGUUUACCCUUAUGAACGGUGGAAUUUGGAUUUUGGAAAAAAGUUAGAUGCUGUAGCCUAUUAUGCAUACGAUAAUUUCCAACGAAGCUAUUAUGGUAAAGACAUGAGCGAACCAAUGAUGAGUAUUGAGCAGUUUAGAAAAAAUCCGUUAUUCAUCAUAGACUGCAGCCAUCAACCGGACACAUUGAAAUCUUCAACUGUCGAUAUCAAGUUGGAGUUUGAGACACGCCAAUCGAAAUUUCCAUCUAAUACCAAGGAGCAGGAGCAGGAGCAGGAGCAGGAGCAGGAGCAGGAGCAGGAGCAGGAGCAGGAGCAGGUGUUUGAUGAACCAAUUUUCGAUCAUUCACUAAUAAGCCUACAUGAGCAUACAUACAAACCAUAUGGUUCACCAUCAUUCAAGAAUUCUGAUGAAAUCAGGAUAGCUGUCAACUUUCAAGAUUUGAUACUCGAUAUUUCUGAUAGCUACAUAUAUAUUGAGGGGAAAUUCACACCAGAUGAUGCAACGAAAUCCUGCUAUCUAUCUAACAAUACCAUAGCCUUCCUUUUCGAUGAAAUUCGUUAUGAAAUGGGUGGCGAACAAGUAUGUAUGAUUCGAAAACCAGGCAUUACUACCACAAUGAAGAGCAUGAUCUCUUAUGGAGAUUCUAACGCUAAAUUUCUUGAAACAGUCGGAUGGGGAAUUGAUAGCGAAAAUCAGCCAAUUCUAGACAAAUCUAGUCACAUAUUCAGUGGAAAACUACCGCUAAAAUAUUUAAUGGGGUUCGCUGAGGAUUAUAAUAAAGGUAUAUUGAAUGUGAAACAGGAGCUGAUACUCAUCAUAGCUCGAUCAUUCAAAAACUGCUAUAUAGGAGAAGUUGAUGCCAGUGUGGAGAUUAACAAAAUCGAAUGGAAGAUAGGACAUAUUAUGCCAUCGGAUAAGCAGAGGUUGAAAUUACUGAACCGUCUCAAUAAAAGUUCUACAGCAAAAGUGAAAAUUGCAUACAGGAUGUGGGAUCUGUAUGAAUUACCGUCAAUUCGUGAAACAUCUUCAGACAUUUGGGCUGUUAAAACCACCAAUAGUCUCGAGCGACCAAGGUACAUUAUCAUAGGCUUCCAAAAUUCUGAGAGCAGAAGAUCGCUAGGCAGUCCAGGCACCGGGUGGUCGUUAUCCAGAUAUGAAAGGGACCUACCAGAGCCCCUCUCUAAGAAUGUCCGCUUGAUGGUAGAUUUGGCCUCUGAAGAAGCCAGGAAGUAA